AUGGACAUCAAGACCAGGUUUCUCGUCAUUUCAGACACGCACGGAAACGAGUUUUGGCCCGGAACCGCGCCUGAACUGCCCGUGGACGUUGCCAUCCACUGCGGCGACCUCACAGAAGAGUCCAAGAUCAGCGAGUUCCACACCUCGCUGGAGAUGCUAAAGAGAAUCCGGGCGCCGCUCAAGCUCGUCAUUGCAGGGAACCACGGCUUCACGCUGGACGUGCCCGCGUUCGAGCGCAAAGUCGCCGAGGCGAGCGGCCCGCUCGACCCGGCGCUCGUCAAAAGAGAGUUUGGCGGUUUCGGCGAGGCGCGGACGCUGUUCACCGAGGCCUACGGCAUCGUGCUCCUCGACGAGGGCACCCACCGCUUCGCGCUGCAGAACGGCGCUCUGCUGACAGUGUACGCCAGCCCGUACACGCCGUCGGCCGAUGACUCGGGGUUCCAGUUCCGGCCUGAGACGGGCCACGACUUUUGCAUAGCUAGCGGCAUCGACGUGGCCAUCACUCACGGGCCGCCGCGCGGCGUGCUGGACGUGGCGGACGGUGGACAGCGCGCCAGGUCGACACACCUCUUCGCGGCCGUGGCCCGAGCUCGGCCGCGCAUGAACUGCUUCGGGCACAUCUACGAGGCUUGGGGCGCCAAGCUGGUCGCGUGGCGCGGCGACGACGUGCCCGACGACGAGACGCCUUCCCACUUCACACACAUCGACAACGGGCAGUCUGCUACGGUGAAGUCGCAGGCGAGCCUCCGAGCGGGAAAGCGGGACACGCCGGAGUCGGCCGCAGCAAAGGCGCGGAGGCUGCAGGACUACGCACACACGCUGUUUGUCAACGCGGCGAUCCAGGGGCAGUGCGAGGCCGAGACACAGCUGCCGUGGGUGGUUGAUAUCGAGCUUCCGAGGGCGAGCCAGGAGCCGGCAUUGCCCUGA